AACCCAAUCAUCUUCGCAAUCUUUAUCUCUCAGACUAUCUUCUCAAUCAGAGAGAAGACGACCAAAAAAAAAAAAAGACAACCAAACAAACAAAACGAUGACGGAGUUAUGUGUUUCUUAUUGUAUCUCAAACUAUUCAAACAUUGCAUCACAAUUUCCUCCGACAUAUAACAACAUCUCUUUGGUCUCUCGAACCGGAAGAGAUCUGCAACGUUACAACACCAAUGGGUAUCGUCAAGUCGUCGGAUGUAUACCGUACCGAUACAAGAACCACAGUGGUGGAGAGAUCGAAGUGCUUUUGAUAAGUGCACAGAAGAAAGGGAAAGGGAUGUUAUUACCUAAAGGAGGUUGGGAGAUUGAUGAAUCAAUUGAAGAAGCAGCUUUGAGAGAGACCAUCGAGGAAGCUGGUGUUACGGGACAUCUCGAGGAAUCACUUGGGAUGUGGCAGUACAAGAGCAAAAGAGACAGUAUGAUUCACGAUGGUUACAUGUUUCCUAUGCUCGUUAGCGAGCAGUUUGAACAGUGGCCGGAGUCGGGGUUCAGACAACGGAAGUGGGUUUGUUUGUCUGAAGCGAUCGAGUUGUGUCGGAAUGGGUGGAUGAGAGAAGCUUUGGAAGUGUUCAUUAACCGGAAAUGUCAACGAUAAUUAUUCGUUAAAUAAGUAGCAAAAGAAACGGUGAUGAAGCAGAGAGUUUAAUUAGAGAUAGAUGGGAGUUUUUGUAGAGCAGAUCAAAGUUUAAGUCUUGUAAUUUGAUUCAUUGAUUUGUUAGAUAGGUAUUUAGUUUAGAUAGACUCAAUUCGUAAUCCACUAAUUAUUUGAAAUCUUUUGGCUUUCCUGGAAUCAAUCUGUAAAUGUGUAUAUAAAAUGAAAUAAUGAAUAAUCAAAUCUUCGUUCGACUA